GAUUACGGAGGCAACUCUGGUUUCAGAGAUAACAAUGGUAGAAAGGACUUCGAGGAGUACACUGCUGGGGACGACGAGACUGUGGUCAGACGAUCUGGUUCUGUCAGUAGGAGUCAUACUGGGUCCCGUCAGGGCACACAAUCAGUUAGUUCUCCUGUUCGUCCGGCGCAACCUGCACUCCCAAAGCCGAGGGAAGCCGAGGUCGACCUCCUGGGUAGUUUCAAUGACGAGCCGGUGGCCGCUGCCAGCGUCAAUCCCGUGUCCAACACAAACAAAGCCCUCCCAUCCGUAGGCAAUGUCAAUCUCGACGGUGAGGCGCGCAUCAGAAUGUUUCUUUCAGAAAACUGAUGAGUCAUGCAGAUGAUGAUUUUGCCGAUUUCCAAGCUGCACCGUCUUCACCCGCGCCGUCUUCACCUGCCGCGGCACCCGCUCCCCUCUCUACCAAACCUACGUUGAUGGAGAUGCUACGGAGCACCAGCCCUCCUGCCAAUCGGGCACCCAUGAUGAGCCCAUCACUUGGGUCACAAGUUCCCAAACCCGCUGCGUUUUCUAACACCUCUGUGAGGGCGCUUUCUCCUACAAACAGGCAAUUUUCCCCUACUACUGCCGGUGGGUCAUCCGGCAACUUGUGGUCUACGUCGACACCGUUGUCGCCCACGACAUCCGUCCGAACAUCCAUGUCAGCUGUCCCAAUCACCCCCGCGGCUCCACCCCAAAAAGCGUCACCCGCCGCACCCCCGAAGUCGUCAUCGAACUUUGAGGACUUGUGGUCGUUGUCCCUAGGUACAUCAUCGACGACCUCGGCUUUCAAAUCUGGAAACACUGGUAAAUCUAUUAAAGAUCUCGAGAAAGAGAAAGUCCAGGCUGGUAUCUGGGCGUCGAGUCAGAAGCCAGGUACAACCCAGAUGGGAAUGGGCAGCGGAUUCGGGAAUUUUGGUGGUAUGGAUACCUCCGGCAGAGCUUCUGCUUCUGCAAGUGGUGGAGAUGACCUCUUACUGUAAAUCAUGAUUACAGGCUUGAGCGUGCGGUUCAGGGGAUUGGAAUGGACGACGGGGUACUUGAAGGGUACAGUUGCUUGUUUAAUGU